AUGGAAGAUCCGGAGCGAAUUGCUCGGGAGCAAGCAGAGUGUGACAUCGCCAACAACAACACGGAACCACCUCCUGGGUUAUACUGCAAAGGCACAUACGAUACUUGGCUAUGCUGGCCACAUACGCCAGCAAACGGCACUGCGAUUGCACACUGCCCCGAAUUUGUACCCGGAUUUAGCCCAGAAUUAUGGGCACACAAGGAAUGUACAUCUGAUGGAACGUGGUGGGAACACCCAGAUUCUGGAAAACCUUGGUCUAAUUACACCACUUGCGUUAAGGCAGAGGAGGACGUCAGCGAAGUUAUAAUAUUGUUCCAGACAGGCUACAGCAUAUCUCUCAUUGCUCUACUUAUCUCUCUAGCUAUUCUGUUAUAUUUCAAAAGUCUUCGCUGCGCAAGAAUAACAGUGCACAUAAACUUAUUUGCGUCGUUCGCAUUGAACAAUGCGUUGUGGUUGGCGUGGUACGGCCUUGUAGUCAACGAUGCAGACACUCCAAAGGAAAACCCACCCUGGUGCCAACUCCUCAACGCUGUACUCCAAUACGCUCUUCUCACCAACUACACCUGGAUGUUAUGCGAAGGAUUAUAUCUCCACACAGUUCUAGUCAGCGCGUUUGUCUCGGAGCGACGCUUAGUCAGAGUUCUCUUGGCAGCCGGAUGGCUCCUACCCAUACCUUCAGCAAUAAUUCACGCGGCAAGACGUGGGGCUGCCAACGAUCCCUUCUGCUGGGCGGAUGAAGGUGCUCCAAGACCGGAGUUAGCAGUUCUAGUUCUUGCGACUGUGAUUUUGAAUCUUGCGUUUUUGUGUAACAUAGUGAGAGUGUUGUGUACUAAGUUAAGGGCGGGCGGCGGGGCGGGAGUCGCGAGGCCUUCUGCGACUGCCCUUCAUGCACUAAGGGCUACCUGCUUGCUGGCACCGCUUUUGGGUGUUCAAUACCUGCUGACACCAUUCCGGCCCAGCCGUGAAGCCAGCUGGUGGCGGGCCUAUGAGUACGUGGCAGCCAUUAUUACGUCGUUGCAAGGUCUUUGCGUGGCUGUGCUGUACUGCUUUUGUAAUGGCGAAGUGCUGGCCCAGCUCCGGAGACGAUGGAGAAUUCUCACCUUCAGGCCAAGAGCUAACUCCACUACUAAUACUACAGUCUCUGUGAGUAAAACUUUUAGAUUUUUGAAAGUACGGAGUAGCUCAUUGACCAAUAUAACAGUAGAACUUAGCGUAGAAAGCUAA